AUGUCGUCAAUGGGAACACCCGCUGUUGUCAUGGACAAUGGUACCGGGCUUACCAAGUUAGGUUUUGCCGGAAACGAUUCGCCAUCGUUUGUGUUUCCUACAGCUAUUGCCACGUCGUCAGCUUCUUCCAAAGGUGGUAGAAACGCCAGAAAUGCUGGAAAUGUCGCUUCGAAACGAGGUUUGGAAGACUUGGACUUCUUCAUUGGCGAUGAGGCACUUGAAGCUGCCAACGGACCCAACUACGGCUUGCUGUACCCAAUCAAACACGGUCAGAUCGAAGACUGGGACCACAUGGAAAGAUUUUGGGAAAGCUCCAUUUUCAAAUACUUGAGAUGUGAACCAGAGGAUCACUACUUCUUGUUGACUGAACCUCCUUUAAAUCCACCAGAAAACAGAGAAAGUACAGCAGAAAUCAUGUUUGAGUCUUUCAACUGUGCUGGUUUGUAUAUCGCUGUUCAAGCCGUGUUGGCUUUAGCAGCUUCGUGGACUUCUCCUAAAGUUCAGGACAGAUCGUUAAGUGGUACUGUCAUCGAUUCUGGAGAUGGUGUGACUCACGUAAUUCCAGUGGCUGAAGGUUAUGUCAUUGGCACAGCCAUCAAAAACAUCCCUUUGGCUGGUAGAGACAUCACUUUGUUCAUCCAACAGUUGUUGAGAGACCGUGGAGAAGUGGACACCUCAUUACAGACGGCCGAAAAGAUCAAGCAGCAGUUCUGUUACGUAUGUCCUGACGUUGUUCAGGAAUUCAACAAAUUUGACCAGUAUCCGCAAGAAAAGUUUGCCCAAUACAUAGUCGAAUAUACCGAGAGAAAGGCUACUGUUGACGUUGGAUAUGAAAGAUUCUUGGCUCCAGAAAUCUUCUUCAACCCUGAGAUCUGCUCAUCAGACUACUUGACACCUUUGCCUACUGUUGUAGACCAGGUUAUCCAAUCAUCUCCUAUUGAUGUGCGUAAAAAGUUAUACAAGAACAUUGUGUUGUCUGGAGGUUCAACAAUGUUCAAGGACUUUGGAAAGAGAUUGCAGAGAGACUUGAAGGGCAUUGUCAACGAAAGAGUUCACAGAAGUGAGCAAUUGAGUGGUGUACAGAGCAGCGGUGUUGAUGUGCAAGUGAUUUCUCACAAGAAGCAGCGUUAUGCUGUGUGGUUCGGAGGUUCAUUGUUGGCCCAGACGGCCGAGUUCAAGAGCUACUGCUACACCAAGAGCGAAUAUGAUGAAUACGGACCAGGUAUCGUGAGAAACUUCUCCUUGUUCUCUGUGCCAUAGACGGAAAGAGUAAAAGUACAACAUUAGUAGAAUAACAAUGCAACGAAUAGAAAAGUCCU